AUGUGCGAUAAGUCAUUUGAUGUUAGCUGUCAUCUGACUGUACACCAGCGGACGCAUAAGGGUGAAAAACCAGAUCACUGCGAUGUAUGUGAUAUGACGUUCUCUGUAAGACAAAAUAUGGCGUUCACUCAAAAAAACAAUCUGACCAGAGACCAGCGGAUGCAUACAGGCGAAAAACCAUACCUAUGCGGCGUGUGUGAUAUGGCGUUCACUCAAAAAACCAGUCUGACCAGACACCAGCGGACGCAUACAGGUGAAAAACCAUACCUAUGCGGCGUGUGUGAUAUGGCGUUCACUCAAAAAACCAGUCUGACCUGUCAUCAGCGGACGCAUACAGGUGAAAAACCGUACCUAUGCGGCGUGUGUGAUAUGGCGUUUACUCAAAAAACCAGUCUGACCUGUCAUCAGCGGACGCAUACAGGUGAAAAACCGUACGUAUGCGGCGUGUGUGAUAUGGCGUUUACUCAAAAAACCAAUCUGACCAGACACCAGCGGACGCAUACAGGUGAAAAACCGUACCGAUGUGACGUGUGUGAUAAGUCGUUCUCUCAAAAAAACAAUCUGACCAGACACCAGCGGACGCAUACGGGUGGAAAACCGUACUGA